GAUUAGAAAGACCCCUGAGCCUCUGUCCCCUAGACCUGCCUUCCUUGAUUCUCAUGGUCCCCAUGGAGCAGGGUCAGCCCCUACUGGGACUUCCAGCAGGCUGGGAGGAGCUGUGGGAUUGGCCAGGUCAGCCUGCCUUCCUUCCCUGCUGGGAGCUCCCAGAACCACCCCUGGGCUGCCCAGGAAGCAAUAGUGGUGAAAAGCAGAUCUCUGAGGGCCCAGCCUCACACUCUAGACAGCAGGGUCCAUUGCCGAGGACCCUGAGCCCACUUCAAGACAGACGGACCACAGCACAACUAAGUGAUGCUCCGUGACCAGUUAACCAUGCUGCUGGGUCUGCUCAGUGGGGUGUGGCUACCCACAGGCUCAGGAAGGCCUGGACCCCCAUCUAUCCCUGCUCAGGCCUGGGCUGCUGCCAAUCAGAGCUGGAUUCUGGAUCCUCUGGUACCAGCCUCUGCCUUGGGUAGCUGGAAGGUCUUCCUGAGCCUGCAAGACAAACAGCAGGGUACAGGUGGGCUGCAGGGAGGGCAGAGAGUGGCUGCUGGCAUGUCUUUGCCCUUGGCUCCCCAAGAAGCGCUCCAGGAGACUUGUAAGGCUGUGGCUUUUACUCAGGUGCUUUCCAGGCCUGGUUGCACAGCCGUCAGGGUCCUUAAUCAUCUUUGUUUCGGCCACUGUUCCUCCUUCUAUAUUCCCAGCUCGGAUCUCACCCCUGUAGUCCUCUGCAACAGCUGUGUGCCCGCUCAAAAGCGCCGGACAUCGGUGGUGCUGUGGUGCAGAGCUGGCCAUGUAGCCUCCCCUCGGCGAGUGAGGAUGUCGGUCUCCCUGGUGCAGAAGUGUCAGUGCCGUCCGAAGCUGUGAGCUGAGCAUCGAGGACGACUGCACAGCGCAUGAACCUUGAGAAGAAGCAGAAGAUGUGGUAGAAAGACGUGACCUGAAUGAUGUACAUCAGGUCAAGAGAGCAGGGUAGGAAGGACAGAUGGACAGAUCCACAAGACCCUCAUCUUGCUCCUGGAACACAAGACAUGGUCUGCCAGUCGUGGGUUUAGACCACUAAUAGUCAUAGCAUGUGGGCUGGGGUGUAAGUCAGCGGGAGAGGA